CUCGUUAGAAACCAAGAAAAACGAAACUUCUGCCAAUUUGCCUACCUAUCUAUGUCUCUUCUCUUUUGAUAAUCUAAUACAUAAUAAGUGUCCUGAUACGUCCCCAAGUCACGGCACAAUCGAAGUUUCUAUGAAACUACUUAAUAAUCAGAUGCCUUCGUACACUCUAAAACGCAACAUCUUGAGAACGGAUCACGUCCCUUUAUUACUUCAACUCUCAGAUUCCAACAACGAUGGUUUCAAGAAGAGAGUUUAUACACCACACGAUUAGGUUCGAACGCACAGCCACAUCGGUACGAAUACGCCACUUACUUAUAUAUCUCUCCCUCGUUGGACUUAACUAAUCAAGAUACAGUUCACAUUAUCUCCUCUCUUUCCUUCCUUCCUCGAAUGGAACCACCAAGCAAGAAAUCUUUUGUACUAGAACCUAGUAUGGAGACCAAAUACGAAGAUAUGCUACCGAUUAUGGCGGAGAAGUUAGACGUUGAUGAGUUUGUAUCAGAGCUAUGCAAAUGUUUCAGUUUGCUAGCGGAUCCAGGGAGGGAUCUGAUCACCGCUGAGAGUCUCAGGAGGAGCUCAGGGAUACUUGGGAUUGAAGGGAUGAGCAAGGAAGAUGCAGAAUCAAUGGUUAGAGAAGGAGACCUCGACGGAGAUGGAGCUCUUAACCAAACCGAGUUCUGUGUUCUCAUGGUUCGGUUAAGUCCCGAGAUGAUGAAAGAUGCGACUUGGCUGGAGAAAGCAACCAGCCAAGAACUCUGA